AUGCUUCGCCGAGGCUCUAAGGCCUCUGAAAGGCGAAGACACGUGAGCGAGAGCCUCGGCUGGCAACAAGACCAGGCGCUGAGCAGCAGCAUCUACCUCCUACGAGAGCUGGGCCCCACUGGCUUCCUGCUGAGGGAGGAGGAGCCGGAAAACAGGAAUUUCCGAGUUUUUCUAGGAAAUCCUCAUGUUUGUAACUGUUCCACAUUUCUGAAAGGAGGGGAACUUUGUAAGCAUAUAUGCUGGACAGCAGAAUGGAGAAAAUUCAGAAUUCCAAGAAUGCAUCUAGAUGCCUGUCAGUUAGGUCUUGUGGAAGGAGAAAUAAAUGAUUUGCUACAGGGGAUAUAUCGAUUUCAGACUCCCCAACCAGAAACAAAGGACAAAAAAGCACUUGUUGAAGAAGAUGGGUACAUUAAACAGAAGGAAAUUGGUUUAGAGGAUGUCUGCUCUAUUUGUCAAGAGGUGCUUUUACAGAAAAAACUUCCUGUCACCUAUUGCAGGUUUGGCUGUGGCAAUAGUAUUCAUAUAAAAUGCAUGAAGAUCUUAGCAAGUUAUCAGGACAUAUCAAACACUUCCAUGUUGAAAUGCCCUCUGUGCAGGAAAGAGUUUGCACCAUUAAAACUUAUUUUAGAGGAAUUCAAAAACUCUAACCAACUUGUGACUGCAGCAGAGAAGGAACGACUGGACAAACAUCUUGGAAUUCCCUGUAAUAACUGUAAACAAUUUCCAAUUGAGGGGAAAUGUUAUAAGUGUACCGAAUGUAUAGAAUAUCACUUAUGCCAGGAAUGUUUUGAUAGCUGCUGCCAUCUUUCUCACACAUUUACAUUUCGUGAGAAGAGAAACCAAAGAUGGCGAUCACUGGAAAAAAGAUCAGAUGAAGUUGUAAAACAUGUAACUAUUAAAAAUGAGAUAGAAGAAAAGAUGCCACAUUUUCAAGAAAAGCAAGGCCAGAUGUACACACCAAAACAUGUUGUAAAGUCACUGCCUCUCCUACUCAUAACAAAGAAUAGUAAGCUGCUUGCUCCAGGAUUCCAGUGUCGACUUUGUUUGAAAGCAUUUCAUAUUGGCCAACACACAAGAUUGCUACCAUGUACUCACAAGUUUCAUAGGAAAUGUAUUGAUAGUUGGUUAUUCUACAAGUGCAAUUCAUGCCCUAUUGAUGGACAAGUUGUAUAUAACCCUUUAAUCUGGAAAGAUGCAGCAGUGAAUGGACAAGCACGUCAGUCUGUUUCAAACACAGGCAUUGCUCAUGCAUCAAAGCAGGAAGAACCGAAACUUUUUAUUCCUGGUACUGGAUUAGUCUUAAAACAAAAUAGAUUUGGAAUUUUACCUAGCAUAUCUCAACAUCAUUCUGAAAAACUGAAUACACCUCAAAGUUCAACAGAUACGUAUGAAUAUAAAAUUAGCCAACAUUUCCCCAGGUAUCUUGAAGAUUUACCCACUGGAUCAUUUGGGAAAAUGUCAUCUCAAACAUUUCUUCCUUCCAUUGCUCAUAAGAAUAUUGUAUGUCCUACUGGAAUGGAAAGCCCAUGUAUCAGUGAAAAAUACCACUUUGGUCAAAGCCAGAAGAUGACCAAACACUGUAAACAGAUUAACCACAAUCCAAAGACGACUCUUGGUACUAAAAUAAGAGAGGACAACAGGAGAUCAAAUACUUUAUUUCCAGAGGAUUUAAAUCUUAUUGUUAAUUGGGGUACAACUAAACUUAGUUUGUCUAAAAGGUACAAUAAUUGUAUGGGGAAAAUUAAACAAAAAUGUAGUCAUCUAUCAAGACCACCUGUAUCUCACUGUUUAAAUGCAAAAAGUACCAAGCUAUCUUUAAUAAUGGAAGGAGUGCAAUUGUGAAAAAGUAUUUUUAUUACUAUCAUAAAAUAUUGAAUAUAAG